ACCAUCGUCGGCUUUGAGGCUGAGAUCUGUCUCGGGCAGUUAAAACAACAGCGGGUGAAUGUGGACGCCGUGAUCAGCCCCGCGAUGCGGAAAUAGCCAACGCGCGGAAGUUUUCAGCGGAGAAACUUCAGGCAAUUUUUUUUGAGAAGGUGGGGGAUUGACGGGAGGGGAACGACUACAAUAUGGACAAGGCCAUUAAGGAAGGGCAACUCUAUAUCUUGCAACCUAAAUUCGGAAAGAAAAGCUGGAAGAAGAAUUGGUUUAUCCUGUAUCCAGCCAGCCAGCAUGGGAUCUCCCGGUUGGAGUUCUUCGACAGCAAGGAUGGGGUCACUGUGUCCGAGAAGCAGUCUACCAAAAAGAUGGAUAAAAAGAUCAUCCGGCUGUCCGACUGCAUCAGCAUCACAAAUGCCCCGAACGAGGUGUGUCCGAAGAAUUCCAUGUCUGCCUUCACCAUCGAAAUGGAGGAAAAGCUGUAUACUUUCGCGGCAGAGAAGUCGAUCAGUGAAGAAUGGGUUGAAAAACUCUGUGAGAUAGCUUUCCCGCCUCUCACUAUGGACACUGGUGGACCUCAAUCUCUCAAGAUGGCAGAGAACAGUAUCUACUUCUCCCGAUCUGAAGUGAACGAGUUCUGGGUGAACGUGCAGAAGACCGAAGCAGCGGAGAGGUGUAACCUCCAUGGCACCUACAUUCUCAAAGCCGACAAAGAGAGUCUGCUGCUGAAAGACACCAAAACCAAUGAAGUUCUCUUCAACUGGCCGUACAAGCUAAUGCGUCGCUACGGUCGUGAUAAGGUCAUGUUCUCCUUUGAGGCUGGCCGCAGAUGCGACUCUGGUCCAGGAAACUUCACCUUCGAGACCAAGCACGGAAACGACAUAUUCCUGAUGGUGGAGAAAAGCAUACUGGAACAGAAGGCCAAGGUUGAGAUGUGCCGCCGCAGCUAUGACCCGCCUGAUACUGGGAAUGGCAGCGGCUCCGGCGAUUCCCUGACCCUCGAUGUGACGCCUCCCGGCACAGCCGGGACAAAGGGAAACUCUGGCAGAGGAUCCGGGGGAUCAGAUGGAGUGCCUGCCACGAGGAAGGAGCAAGUGACGCCAAAGGGUCUGGAGGAGAAGGACUUGUCUAAGCACCUAAAGUCCCGCAGUCUGCCAGAACCCCCCAGCACUGGGACAGCGACACCCCCUCGCUCUCCUGUCCCCAAGCUGCCCAAGCACAUGGUGAACUCUGACCCUGGCUCCAUCUACUCUGACCCGAUCGAUGCCUUGACCGUCAACAAUCGCAGCAACUCAAACUCCCUGUACUCUGAUCCACUGGACAGUGUCCCCAAAGCCUCCGGACCCCAACCCCUGCCCCGCCAGGGCUUAAAAGACGCCAAGGCGGCUGGGCAGUGCGCAGAGCCCCUGUACGCGGACAUUUAUGAGCGGGUGAAGUAUGAUUUCUCGCGGGCCGCCAUCACCCCCAGGUCGGAGGAGCACAUCUACGAUGAACCAGAAGGCCGGGCGGUCCUGCAGCCUCCUGAAGGGAGGGGCCCUCACCCUCUCCCCGUCCCCACCACCAUCUACGACCAGGCCAAGAAAGGGGAAGAUGAAGCCUGGAAGAUGAAGAAGGUGCCUUGCCCCUCUGCUGUCAAUGACGGCUUAUUGCCUGCUCCUCCAAGAAGUGGCGAUCAGUUGGCUGGCAAGUCCAGAAAGCCCAAACCUCAGCCAGCACCAAAACCGGCCAACAGGCUCGCUAUAAAAGACAAGCAGACAGACUCCAAAGAGAUUGGAAAGGAGUUGGUCAACCCUGUGCCUGAGAAGCCAGUGCUGAAAAGCAAUUUCAACAGCUCAAAUAACUACAUUUACAGUAAGGUUGUGAAACCCAAAAGGCUAGAGAAGGAGGUAUCAGUUGAUAAUGUCGCCACUAACCAGGACUCUGUUUACGAAGAUCUGGGGGACCUUUAAUGGGCUGAAUCUGAAGAAUAAUUUGAAUUUAUGUCUUCAUUAUAGAAUGUUCACUCACGUUUCCAUAGUUCUGGAACACUGCUUCAAGCAAGGAUAGAGAAUGGGUUUCCUGUAUGAGCAGCCAAAACAAAAAUGUCGUUAUUUUUCUUAUUUGCUCCUGUUUUGUUCAGCUGUAAUAGGGAGAUGAAUUAUGGAUACUGUGAUACAAAUUAUAGAGUGUGUUUUUAAGGCAUAAGGUACCUUUAAAUGUGAAAACAGUCCAAUUAUUGAUUUCAGUCUGUGUCUCUGCUUGGUUCCUGUCAGACCAACGUUCACAUAUACUCAGUGGUCUCUUUAUUAGGUACACUUGUACACCUCCUUAAUGCAAAUAUCUAAUUGUCCAAUCACGUGGCAGCAAUUCAAUGCAUCAAAGUAUGCAAACGUGGUCAAGAGGUUCAUUUGUUGUUCAGACCAAACAUCAGAAUGGAGAAGAAAUGUGAUCUAAGUGACGUUGACCACGGAAUGAUUGUUGGUGCUGGACAGGGGUGGUUUCAGAAACCGCUGAACUGCUGGGAUUUUCUCACAUAACAGUGUCUAGAGUUUACAGAGAAUGGUGUGAAAAACAAAAAAAAAUAUCCAAUGUGCGGCAAUUCUGUGGGUGAAAAUGGCUUGUUAAUGAGAGAGGUCAGAGGAGAAUGGCCAAACUAGUUCAAGCUGACAAGAAGGUGACAGUAGCUCAAAUAACCACGUAUCACAACACGUUGACUCUUUGACACAAGAAAAUCUGCAGAAGCCGAAAAUCCAAACAGCCCGCACAAGAUGCUGGAGGAACUCAGCAGGCCAGUCAACACCUAUGGAAAAGAGCAAGCCUUCAAUGUCUUGGGCUGAGAUGCCGAUGGUUUGUUCUUUUCUGUGGAUGUUGAACAUUGAAGUGGGUGGGCUACGGCAGCAGAAAACGACACUGGGUUCCACUUGGGUACCUAAUAAAGCGUCACUGAGUGUAAGUCUGGGUAAUGAGUGGUGUGGUAGUUCUUUGUUCCUAGUCAUCCGCUUACCGAUAUCGCGUGUCCCCAUUUUUGGGAAAUGGUACGGUAUGAGAAUUCUCUUCCUGGAAUACUCGUUUUGGGACAAAGGGCUGGCCCUGAGUUUAAUACCUCUCCUUCCUGGAGGUGAGCCCCAGGCUGGCUCGAUGGUGACGGUGGGUUAAAGAGGAGGAGGAGAAGAUGAAGGAAGACAAAGACCUGGAAUCUUUUUUUUGAAAGAAGCAUGAGAAGCCACAUCAUGGAAGUUGAUGUUCAGUGGUGUCCACAGUGGAAGGGCACUCGAAUAGUGACAGUGAAUUUGACAAGAGACUUCAUUGAUACGCUACUGAUGGUGGAUUAUUACUGAGUACUCUCCAAAAUCUGCUGUAAAGAUUAUUUUUAUGUAUAAACAAAUAACAGUUUAUCACUGAUCUAGUUUUGUAUUAACUAAACUCUUCCUUUGGCUCUGAAUGUGUAGACACUUCUUCAUUUUGUUAUACAUUGGAAAGCUGUUAGUUAUUUUUGAGAAUACUCCAUUACAAGUAUGUCAAGAUUUGAAAGGUUAUUUAAGAUUCACUUUAUUUGUCACUUGUAACAUAGAAACACAGAAACCCUACAGCACAAUACAGGCCCUUUGGCCCACAAAGCUGUGCCGAACAUCUCCUUACCUUAGAAAUUACCUAGGGUUACCCAUAGCCCUCUAUUUUUCUAAGUUCCAUGUACCCAUCUUAGAAGACCCUAUCAUCUCCGCCUCCACCGUCGCCACCGGCAGCCCAUUCCACGCACUCACCACUCUCUGCGUUUAAAAAAAACUUACCCCUGACAUCUCCUCUGUACCUGCUUCCAAGAAGCACCUUAAAACUAUGCCUUCUCGUGUUAGCCAUUUCAGCCCUGGCGAAAAGCCUCUGACUAUCCAUACGAUCAAUGCCUCUCAUUAUCUUGUACACCCCUAUCAAGUCACCUCUCAUCCCCCGUCGCUCCAAGGAGAAAAGGCCGAGUUCACUCAACCUAUUCUCCAGGCAACAUCCUUGUAAAUCUCCUCAGCACCCUUUCUAUAGUUUCCACAUCCUUCCUGUAGUGAGGCGACCAGAACUGAGCACAG